UUGGGCUUUCAUUACCGAGGGUGAGGAAGAACUUAAAUAAAAAAGAAUCUCUGGGAAAGAAACUAUAUGUGAAGAAUAGGAAAGGAAGUACAGCCAGAAAAGCAAUAUAGUAAAUAUUUGCAAAGCAUCUCCGUAAACCACUGAUUCUGGGUAACAUCUCUGCAUGGUCUGAAUCCAUAGGAUGCCAUCUGCUGCCCGUGUUCUGGGAGCCUCCUUCCUGAUUGACUCAUUGAUAGGAUGGACUCCUGGGCACCAGCACAAUACUUUUCAAGACCUGAAGAGUUUAACAAGCAGCAGUCAAUCAGAUGAAGUGGUGGAAGUCCCUCAAAGUACUCCAUCAGAGGUAACGGCCAGGACAGCUGAAAAUAGCCAACCGGGUAAAAAGUUGUGGAUCCAAGAAGACAAUCCAUCAAAGGUAAAGGCUGAAUUUACCAAUGCUAGCCAAUUUAAGAAUGAACUAGAUAUCCCUAAAAGACGAAAGUCAGAUGGAAGAGAGUGGGCUCCUGGGAUCAUUCAUUCAGAAGAGAAACCGGAAUUAUUUGACACUAAUCAUUUGAAGGAUAACACCGGAACCAGCAAAUCCAACAAUUCUGAAAUUCACUCUAUGAAGGUUCCUGAAAAACCCAACCAUUCAUAUAUUGCACUGAUCUCAAGAGCCAUUUUAUCGUCCCCUGAAAAGAGACUGCAAUUAAGUGACAUCUACCAGUGGAUCAUGGAAACCUACCCAUAUUACCACAACCAGGAAAAGAGCUGGAGAAACAGCGUGCGUCACAAUUUGUCUCUCAAUGAGUGUUUCAUCAAAGCUGGCCGCAGUGAUAAUGGGAAAGGACAUUACUGGGCUGUUCACCCUGCUAACUUGGAGGCCUUCUCAAGGGGAGACUAUCAGAGACGCAGGGCAAGGAGACGUGUACGAAGGGUUUCUUCAAUUCUUGGACAUCAACCUCACUUUCCGUCUUGCACCUUGUGCUGUUUUCAUCAACAACUUUGCAUCUGCUGCCCACCGCUGAAUCCCCACUCCAGUCUACCCCAAAUAUACCCUCUUACAGAACAACCUUCCCAGCAAACACGUUGGCCUUUCCCCAUGCCAGUGCUCUGGCCUUUUCACCAGAUGCCUCCUUAUGUUUAACGCAGAAAUGAAUCGCCCAGGAAUAAUGUCAAAGACUAAAAAACAGAAUACUGAAAUGAAUCAACUGUAAACUAACUGUAUGUAUAUCUUCACUAAAUAAGGGUCUUCCAUUAUAUGUUGUUCGUAUGUUAGCAUGACAAUGUUUUAUAUAAACUAGGAUGGCAAUUUGUUUCUUUACUGAAUAAUACGCCAAGUGUAUUUUCUCGCAAAUCUGACGCCCACCUUGCUAUACCCGCACCCUUUCACAAAUCAGUAAUGCGUCAAAGUCUCACAUCUUUUCCUAAUUGCUCGUGAGGUUCUUAACAAGAUCUUCAGCUUGUAGCCUAUACUUAUUGAAAGGAAUUAGAGCUUGUGGUUUUAGUGUUAAUCUCACCAUCUAAUCGUCCGGAAUCUGCUGAAUCUCAAGAAAGAGGCAGCUUAAAAUGGACAUUACAUCCACAAGACGGACUGAUGCAUAAAACAGAGAACCUUUCUUAUUUGGAUUGAAAAAUGUGAACUUCAGCCGAACAACAGGAUCACCAUACGAUUGACAGAUUUGUUUCCAUACUAAGGUUGACAAUUCUUCUUUAAAAACAUACAUAUUAUAAUGGUAUGCAUAAGCUCACAAAACAGCCAAGGUUCAAUGUGGCAUGCGUUUUUUUCUUUCUAUAAAUGUAAUUUAUUAAAUAACCUACAUGACGAUCAAAUUGUAGAGAAUAUGAGCAUUAGGAGUGUUCCAAAACCAUAGUAGGCAUUGAUAAAAUCAUAAUAUCACAUCAUCUAAAAUAACUUACCUUGGAA